AUGAGCAUUAAGCCAAAUCAAAUUCACCACACAAUGUUACAGACGAUAAAACAGUACGACGCAGAUAUGAAGCCAAAACUUCCAUUCCGUGUCAUCAGAUUUUCUCUGUUACAUGUGUUCAGCUCCGACCUGUUAUAUCAACCAUUCAGGCCGACCGUUUGUUCCAAAUACAACUUGAAAAUGUUUUCGAUCGGUCAACCUCUAGGUGAAGGGAGGUUUGGCACAGUAUAUCUUGCCAAGUACAAACUAAACAACUAUGUGUGUGCAAUUAAAGUCCUCCACAAGAGGAAAAUUGAGCGUUACAACAUGACGAUUCAGUUAAAGCGCGAGGUUGAGUUGAUGUCACAUUUUAAUCAUCACAAUGUAGUGAAGUUAUUUGCUUUUUUCGACGACGAAACGCGGUAUUUUUUAGUGAUGGAAUUUUGUAAGGGAGGGGAGUUAUACAAAUUACUGCAAAAACAGAUUCGGUUUUCCGAACCAGAAGCGGCGAAAUACGUGAAACAAACGACGGAUGCUCUGAUUCACAUUCACCAGAGAAAGUGCAUUCACCGAGACCUCAAGCCGGAGAAUAUUUUACUUGACAUGAAUGGAGACGUGAAGUUAUCUGACUUUGGAUGGUCUGUGCGGAGUGAUUGUAAGAGGAAGACGUGUUGCGGUACACCCGACUAUUUAAGUCCGGAAUUAAUUGAGAACAAGACGUACGAUAAGGCCGUUGAUUUAUGGAGUUUAGGGGUUCUUACGUUUGAACUGUUGACUGGGUACACUCCCUUUGGUUCAAUAGACUUUGUCAACAAACAACAAGUCAAUCCCAUGUUAAUCAGUUUCCCCGUGUAUGUGUCUUAUAUCGCCAAAGACUUUAUCAGAAAGUUGAUAGUGAAAGAGCCGUCGAUGCGGAUGAGCUUGGAGAAUUGUUUGAAGCAUGCAUUUCUAGUGAAGAAUGUGAAGUGA